AGAACGCUUUGUGUUCUCUAUCUGUAUAUUUUUUUUAUAUGAGGGAUUCAAUCAGCAGUUUGCCAGAUGAGAUUCUUGGCAAAAUCUUGUCUUUAGUUCCCACAAAAGUGGCUGCUUCCACAUCCGUUCUGUCAAAGAGGUGGAGGAAUCUGCUGUCUCUUGUAGACAGCCUUAGUUUUGAUGAGUCGAUGGUUGUCUAUUCCAACGAAGAAGAAGCAACAAACGGUUCACGCCGCUUCUGUGAUUUCGUAGACAAGACACUUGCUCUUCUAAACAACUCUCCCGCCAUCAAGACAUUCUCUCUGUGUCGUGUAGUUAGGACUCAGAGUUACAAAGAUGAAUCCGCCCGUGUCAACCGUUGGAUUUGGACUGCAAUGGAACACGGUUUAUUGGAACUACACUUGUACGCCCCAAACCCUGGGACUGAUGUUAUUAUAGAACCUAGGUUACUAAGGAGUAACACGCUGGUCAAGCUCACAAUCAACGGUCAUUAUGAUAUUUGUGAAACUCUGCAUGUGUUUUUCCCAGCCCUCAGAUCACUUUAUCUGAUGAUGUUUGGGCUUGAUCUUCUCCGCUUUGGAGAGAUCCUCCAUGCUUGUCCUGUGCUGGAAGAGUUAACCAUACGCUAUGGGGAUUUUCCAGAUAUUGCAAUAAUUCCGGUUGGUACGGUUGUGGAACAUGCAUCGAUCAAGCGUCUUGUGAUUGUUUCGGAUCUUCCUGAUCAUGCAGACUACUAUCUCUCGUUAGAAUAUUUCGAGUUUGCUAUUGCUACAGUUCGUUUCCAAGCACCGAGUCUUGUCUACCUUGACUAUUCUAGUUUUGUCUUUAAAGAGUAUGACGUUGAUGAUUUUGAUUCUCUCGUGGAAGCGAGGCUGAGUCUCAAGUUGUGGAUGUCAACUAGUCACUAUGAUUUCGAUGAUACUUAUUAUUACGAUUAUCAUGGUUAUCUUUAUGAUGAUGAUGAACCAAGCCCGCCUAUAUUCGGUGAUGUUACAGGUCUAGUUGCGGCUAUAAGAAACAUUACGACCCUUCACUUGUCUCCUGAUUCCCUUGAGGUGUUUUAUUUCUGCUGUGAACCCAUGCCUAUGUUCAACAACCUUCUAAAUUUAUCUAUUGAGAGUAACAAGCAAAAUGGCUGGCAAGUGAUGCCACUUCUGCUCGAGUCUUGUCCAAUUUUACGAACUUUAGUCUUCAAGGGUCUUGUUCACAAAGUAACAAAUAGAUGCGGAGAUGCAUGCGUUUGCAGUCCAAGUCCAAGUCAGAAAAAGAGGAAGAUGAUGGUUGUGAAAAAGAAGAAAGAAGAAUGUUGUCUACGGACAUGUCCAGUGAAAGUGCUAGAGAUUUCAGACUAUGGAGGUCGUCGAGAGCUGAAACAAAUGAGACAUUUUUUGGGAAAUUUGGAAUGUCUUGAAACUGUAAAGGUUGGUGUUGACCCGGACAAGAAUUGUCAGUUCGUGCGAGCUAAUGUAACGGCUCUUCCCAGACUUUCAUCGAAGUGCACCAUUCAGUUCACCUGACCUUUUCUUUCCUUAUAGUGUUGCAACAUUGAUAUGAUUCUUUUAUCACUAAAACAAGAUGUUAUUCUCGAUGGUCCAAAUGGAUUUUCUCACCUUGUUGCUCAAU